AUGACUCCUCGUACUGAGCGUGUGUGUGUGUUCUACUACUUUCAAAGUGGAUUUGUUCAAACGAAACGUCUCCAGAUCGGUGAAUUCCCGUAUUUAAUUCAAUUCCAAACGAUUUCAGCAUGUGGUGGUGUUUUACUUACCCCAGAUUGGGUACUGACAGCUGCACAGUGUGUCAUGUUCAAGAGAAGUGCAAUAUUUGUUCACCUGGCAGGUUCAACCGGUCGAAAUGCACGCGCAAUUGGUGUAAAAGCGACGUACAUUCACCCAGACUACGACUUCUACACAGAACUCCAGGAUUUCGCCCACAAUAUUGCCCUUCUGAAGCUGUCAGAGCCCUACGAAAUCUCCAAGAACAAUAAACCCCUUCAAAUCGGUCCCCUGAGGAUGGACGACAACUACAAAUCGUGCCUGGUGUUCGGCUGGCAGAGCACUGUAUUCCCGACCUCGAGGGUCUUCGCUAAACCAGUUCAGUACAUCGAGGUUCUGCCAAACGCUUGGAGAAUCUGCACUUACGCUCAGGGAAUGUACGGCUCCAUCUCCAACCGAGAAAACAUCUUCUGUGGGAUGAUUGAAAGUGACGAGGGGCUGAAAGCUUGUGCUGGUAAUCCGGGAUCUCCAGUUGUCUGCGAGAAUCAGUAUGGGCGGAGGAUUUUGUUGGGCAUCGCCUCCUGGACAAACUAUUCAUUGUAUUGUGAUGGACUGCCAACGUACCUGAGCGUUGCUCCCUUCAGCUCCUGGAUUUACAAUCUAAUUCUGAGCACUGAUCGACCUUCUGUUUCUGAACCUACACCGAACAUCGAGGCUGAGACACGAAUCGAUAGUAUUAGAGGAGAUUUAGGGGAGUUUGAAAGAACAGAAGAGACAGGGCUUGAUGGUUUGGGACAGUUCGACGAUUAUAGAGACUUCAGAAGACACUACGAGGAUCCCCUCCAAAAACACGAAGACGACUCUCAAUUCUUCUACGUUUCAUCUGCAAUCUCUGUCCACGAUGUUCCAAUUUUUAUCUGGAUGUUACUGACUCGAAAUAUUAUUUAUUGUUUUACUUGGAGAUAA